AAUACUACAAACUCUACAGGAACAUAUAUUUAGAAAAUAAGAUAACACUCAUUUGGCAAACGCUGAGGAAAUGAGGGUGGUGGCCAACUUUUUGGAUUCCCUACGAAAGGUACGGCUCAAGUUGUCCACGGAAAAGCUUGCCACCAGUAAUCAAACGCCAAACAGCUCGACAACACACAAAUUGAAUAAAGGAGUCAAAGAGUCCAGUAUUGGGAUAGACCAUACGGAGGUCCCUCAAAAUACACCAGCUGGAUCCGAUCAGAUGUGGCAUAAUAUCAAAAGGGUGCUGCUGAUGUGUGGCGGCCAGAAGCAACCAGAGGGAUUUAAGAAUGCGACGAAGGAUUUCAGCGGGCUGGUUGAUGUCCUGGAGGCCCAGAGAUUCGUUAGCCAGGUGUUCUCAGCCAUGCAGGUGCCCAAACAGGCGGCCAGUGAGAUGGCCGAUGCAUUGAUAGCCGCGGAUUAUAUGGGACAACGCUCGAUGGGCAUCCAUAGAUUGCCCUCAAUUGCGGCAGAUCUUCUGAAUUGCACUGUUGCUGGUGACGCCACACCGGGAAUCGUGUCCGAAAAGAAAGCCAUCGCCUUAGUGGAUGGCCACAAUGCACCUGGACCCGUGGUGGCCAACUUUUGCAUGGAUCUGGCCCUGCAAAAGGCCCGGGAAGUGGGCAUCGGCUGGGUUUCGGCUCGCAGUUCGAACUGCAUUGGAUUUGCUUCCUGGUAUGCCUGUCAAGCGCUAGAACAGCGAAUGAUUGGUCUGUGCAUGACGAACGCUGCUCCAACUCUGUUGCCAGCUGGUGGAAUCGAACCCGUUCUGGGGGAAAACCCAAUUGCCUGUGCCGCUUCCGGUGUCCAUGAACAAUUUGUGGCUGAUUUUGGUAUGGCAGCCUGUUCGGUGGAUGAACUGGAGCUCUCCUAUUGCAAUGGCUGGUCAAAGGAAGUGCCCAAAUUAGUGGCUUUGGAUAGAAAUGGCAAGGAGACAACAUCAACGGAGGAGGCCUUAAGGGCCCAAAGAAUCCGAGCCUUUCAGCCGGAGCAUAAGGGUUUUGGCCUAGCUGCCGCAGUGGAUAUUCUGUGCGGUGUGAUGACAGGUGCUCGAUAUGCAAAUCAAAUCCAGCGUCGUGGCGUCUAUAGUACGGAAAAUGCUCCGGCUAAUCUGGGCCAAGUUUAUGUGGCCAUCGAUCCGAUGCGUUUUUGUCCCACCUUCGAGGACAGAUUGGCCGAUUUCCACCGGCUGUUGAGACAAGCGGUGCCCAGCAAGGUGGGAAAACCACCGAUGGUGCCGGGUGACAAGGAGCUGCAACACAUGAAGAUGGUCGACGAACAGGGAGGACUCACAAUGUCCUCCUGUACUCUGUCAGUUCUGGAAGAACUGGCCACAGAGUUUGACAUCGAACCUUUAAAGAUGAAGAACACUAAAACAGAAGGUGCAAGUAUGCCUGAAGAAUUGCCAUUGAUAUAAUUAAAUCUGGCCAAGUCUUGUUUAGCUUUUGUGCUUGCGAAAAGUUUGAAGCUCGUGAAACAGCGAUUUUUCUUAAUUUACUUGAGAUAAUUAUAAGUAAAGUUUAAUUCAGCGAAUUAAAGCGAUUAGCACAUU